AUGGAGAGAACACGGGUCGCCAAGGUUGACAAUGUGACCUUGGCUCGUCGCGGUGAACAAAUUGAUGGCGCCCUUCACCUCACACCUCACCAUCUCAUUUUCUCUCAUAUUCCUCCCGUUUCAAGUGAGGAGCAGGCUCAAGGGGUGCCAAUCAGGCCAAAGGAAGUCUGGAUCACAUACCCAAUAAUCGCUCACUGCACCUUACGACCGGCUCCCGCGGCCUCUCGCCAACUCUCAUCCAUUCGCCUCCGAUGUCGCGACUUUACAUUCGUUUGUUUCUAUUUCAAAAAUGAGAAAACCGCACGUGAGGUCUAUGAUAGUAUCAGACAAUGGACUUGCAAGUCUGGCCGCCUUGAUAAACUUUACGCUUUCUCCUACCAGCCACCACCCCCGGAGAAAGAGUUCAAUGGAUGGGAUCUUUAUGACCCGAUGAAAGAAUGGGCACGACAAGGUGUCAUGAAGGAAAAUUCAGGCUGGCGCAUUUCGGAAAUCAACAUCGAUUACAGUUUCUCUCCCACUUAUCCUGCGCUUAUUCCAGUUCCUUUCGCCAUAUCUGAUAAUACAAUCAACUAUGCUGGUCGAUAUCGCUCUAGGACAAGAAUCCCAGCACUCACCUAUCUUCACCCAGUGAACAAUUGCAGUAUCACUCGAAGCUCCCAACCUCUCGUGGGCGUGCGACAAAACCGCAGUAUCCAGGAUGAAAAACUUCUGGCUACAAUCUUUUCCACCAAUCUCUCCGAGCGACCACUGGCUAACUUUUCCCAACUUCAAUUAGACCGUGAGCAGUCAGACUCAAGCCAUGGAAGUCUGGUAUCCAACAACACAGACCCUGAAAUGUCCAAGCUAGAAGAGAUAGAUGCUGAUGUCCUAGCUGCUGUACGUCAAGACCCUGAAACACAGCGUGCAAUCUAUGGUGCUCAGCAGUCAAAUUUGAUCGUUGAUGCACGCCCAACGGUUAAUGCAUUUGCCAUGCAAGCAGUUGGGCUUGGCUCAGAAAAUAUGGAUAACUACAGGUUUGCGACGAAAGCAUACCUAGGAAUUGACAACAUUCAUGUCAUGCGUGACUCUUUGAAUAGGGUGAUUGAUACUUUGAAGGACUCGGAUGUCACACCUCUCGGUCCUAACCGUGAUCAGCUGGCCCGGAGUGGAUGGUUGAAGCACAUUGCUGGGGUUAUGGAGGGGGCUGCCCUGAUUACCCGUCAAGUUGGUCUGACUCACUCUCAUGUCUUAAUUCACUGCUCUGAUGGCUGGGACCGGACGAGCCAACUCAGUGCCUUGAGUCAAAUCUGUCUAGACCCAUACUUUCGAACCCUUGAGGGCUUCAUGGUUCUUGUUGAAAAAGACUGGCUAUCUUUCGGUCACAUGUUCCGGCACCGAUCCGGUCAUUUGAACAGUGAGAAGUGGUUCUCGAUUGAGAACGAGCGGAUUGGCGGAGAUAACAAGGGAGAAGGUGGAGCAGGAAAGGCCAUCGAGAAUGCGUUCCUGAGUGCAAAGGGCUUCUUCGGUCGAGAAAACGUCAGCCGUGAUUCCUUGCCAGACUCCGAAGGAGAAAUGCAGAGCUACGAUUCUGAUAGCCCAGCCAAAAAAAUAAGCUCUGCUCCACCAUCGAUCAUCUCUGAGAAAGAGAUCACCAAAGUGAAGGAAACAAGCCCUGUAUUCCACCAAUUCCUUGAUGCUACUUAUCAACUACUCUAUCAGCAUCCGACACGCUUCGAGUUCAAUGAGCGCUUCCUACGCCGGCUACUUUACCACCUCUACGCCUGCCAGUUUGGGACAUUUUUGUUCAACAGCGAGAAAGAGAGGGUGGACACUAAAGCUAAAGAACGCACACGGAGCGUGUGGGAUUACUUCCUCGCUCGCCGUGAUCAGUUUACCAAUCCUAGUUAUGAAGCUGAGAUUGAUGAUAACAAGCGAGGACAUGAGCGAUUGAUCUUCCCUCGACCCAGUGAGACUCGUUGGUGGAGUGAAGCAUUCGGCAGAGCGGACGAGGAGAUGAAUGGAACACGCUAUGGCGGCUCUGCUCCUGCAACUGGAGACAGCCCUGGGCAAAGCCAAAAGCCAGUCUUGGUUGGAAUCGAGACACCCAGUCAGAUCAGCAACACAAGGACUCACAAGUUUGAAAUGGAGAUGGAAGUCGAAAUGCAAUGA